GGCCAGCAGCAACACAGUGUCGACUGAAGCUGGAUACUGAAGCUGAGGGACAGAGAACGAUGAGGCUGAAGGUGGUCGUUGUAACAGUGCUGCUGGUUGCAGCGCUCUCCUACUACAUCUACACCCCGCUGCCCGAUGCCAUCCAGGAGCCCUGGAAGCUGAUGGUGGUGGAUGCUGUGUCCAGGACUGCAAUGAACCUGGCGACUUUGAAACACCAACUUGGUCUCGACCAUUACAUCACGUCAGUCAGGCACACGUUGGAGGGCUUUGACUCCACAGUGACGGCGCUCCAAGGCUCUGAGUCUACUGCGGGGGUCGUCCCAGGAGUCAAGGUCAGCGACAUCACCUUUGCCCGCAUCCCAGUGAGAGUUUACGAGCCCCCGGCUGGAGGGGAGGGUCACCUGAGGAGAGGCUUGAUGUAUCUCCACGGAGGUGGCUGGGCCUUCGGCAGUGGCAAGAUGGGUUCAUACGAUAAAAUGAGCCGCAUGAUUUCAGAUGAGCUCAACACCGUUGUGGUCUCUGUUGAGUAUCGUCUGUUUCCAGAUGUACACUUUCCAGAGCCGUUUUUAGACUGUGUCGCUGCUGCCAAGCACUUCUUAUCUGCAGAGGUUCUGGCCAAGUACGCGAUCGACCCUGAGCGUGUUGCUGUGUCCGGAGACAGCGCUGGAGGAAAUCUGGCCGCCGCUGUAGCUCAGGAGAUUUCCACAGAUGACAGCGUGCAUGUUAAAUUCAGCGUCCAGGCUCUGAUUUACCCAGCACUCCAGGCUCUGGAUUUCAACACACCCUCAUAUGUGCAGAACCACAAUAUGGCCAUCCUCUCUCGGCAACUCAUGGUCCAGUUCUGGCUGCAGUAUCUCGGCGCUGACAUCUCCGUGGAGCCUCAGCUCAUAGCAAACAACCACAGCGCCAUGCAACAAUUGGCUCUCACCUCAGAGCUGAGGUCUCGGCUAGACUGGACCAGCCUCCUUACUCAAAAGUUCAAGAAAAGCUACACACCCGUCGUUGUGGAGAGAGACUCACACGGGCUUCUGAAGAAGGUACCGGGUUUUCUGGAUGUGCGAUCAUCACCCCUGCUGGCUGGACCGGAGGUGCUGGCUAAAUGUCCUCGUGCGUACAUCCUAACGUGCGAGUAUGACGUGCUGAGGGAUGACGGCCUGAUGUACGCCCGCCGUUUGCAGGACGCCGGAGUAUCUGUCGCCAGUGAUUACUACGAGGACGGCUUCCACGGAUGUCUGAGCUUCACAUCCUGGCCAAUGGACUUUGAUGUAGGGAAGAGGGCACUGAGGGGCUUUGUUAACUGGCUGCACAACAACUUGUAAGAAUGGGUUCAAGUUUUUGUUGGACUUAACCAAAUGCACUUGCCCUUUUUUUGUAAAAUUUGUCUCACUAAAGGGCUUGCUUGUCUUCUCUUUGUUCAAAAAUCUACAAUCUAAGCUCAGGGUUGUGGGGUGAGUGGAUAUCCACACUCUGUGCAAGUGAAAUGUGUCUGAUAUUCUGAUAUGCAGACUGCAGGCACCAUCCGCACUCUUAACACUGUGACUAACUAAGCAAUGAAUAAAGACAUUUUACCGCCGUAGGUGGUCUACUAACGGACAAAUUAUUCACCUACGAAACACACACUGUUCAUAUCUAAACAAAAAUAAAAACAUGUCUUUUAGA